AUGUUGAAGCGCACACCACCGCAUACUCCUAACUCAGUAUCUGCACCGAAUAUAAACACUUUGGAGUGUGAUUCUCAUGAUACCCGAUCACCACAUGAAUAUGUGACUCAAAGAAGCCUGAAACGUCCCCGAGACGAUUUUGCAGAACUAAAAGAGUACCUGCUGGACAUUGUUACCACAUCUAAACAAGAACAGAAUUCCAAAUUGAAUACUUUGAUUGAAACAGUCUCUGAGAUAAAGGAACAGAAUAAUGAUAUACGCAGUUCAAUUGAAUUUAUGUCGUCAAGGUAUGACGAUAUGGCUAUUAGGUUAAAUUUGCUGGAAGAAGAACGUAAACACGAUCGUGAUUAUAUAAAAAUACUGGAGGCGAGGGUUGAGAACUUAGAGCGGCAAUUAAAAUACUCUUCUAUUGAACUACGCAACGUACCAGCCCAGAAGAACGAAACUAAAGAAGAUUUGGUGAAACUUGUGAAAGCCACUGGAUCGGCGCUGUCCCUUCCAGUUCGGGACUCAGAUAUCAAAGACAUAUAUAGAGUGCACGGCAAGACUGAGGGUAGACGACCAAUAGUAGCUGAACUGAAUAGCAUUGUGCUGAAAGAUAGCCUAAUUCGUGCUGUCAAAACUUACAAUAAGAGUAAUCCGGGAAGUAAGUUCUCUACCACAAAUUUGAAAAUAAACGGACCGUCUGCACCAGUGUACCUGUCUGAAAGUCUGCCCCCCAAAACAAAGAAAUUAUUUUAUUUGGCCAGGAACGCAGCUACUGCUGGCGGAUACAAAUUCUGCUGGACCUAUAACGGCAGGGUCUACCUUCGCAAAUCUGAAGGAACACCGCAGAUACGUAUAGCCUGUGAAGACGACCUUAAUACUUUAAGUACCCAGUAA